AUGAUUUUUGAAGAAUGGACUAAUACUCCAACACUUAAUCUUUUGUUAGACAAAUGGUCGAACUAUCGUAAUAAAACUUUAUCAAUGUUAAAUAGAAAAGACAAUAUUUCAAUACUAUUAGUAAAUGUUUCCAGCUUGAAUCGUUAUAUGGUAGAGAUCUUCAAUCUCAUUAAUUCUACUUCCCCGCCUAUCAUUACAAUAAAUGGAACACAUCAUGACGAAGAAUCGAUUAAACAAUUUACGAAACACUUCUUUAACUAUAAUAUCUUCUCUAUCAACGGUACAAACUUAUUUGGUGGUGUUCUAGUUGCUGUACAUAAAUCAAUUCAUACUCAAAGAAUAGUUGGCUUUGACAAUAUACCAAAUUUGAUUGCACUAGAAAUAGGAGUGGAUAAUAACAAAUUUCAACUAGCCACAUGUUACUCACCACCACAUGAACAAAUUCCUUUUAAGAUUUUUGAUCGAAUACUACAAAUAAAUGAAAAUACAAUCAUCACCGGAGAUUUCAACGCAAAACAUAAUUCUUGGUCUCGCUCAAUAGAAAACCCAAUAGGAAAAACAUUAUUUUAUUGGUUAUCUUCAUUACAAACGCGUUCAACAAUGGAUAUCAUUAAUAAAUUUAUACCAACGUCAACUCGCUCAAACGCAACGAUUGAUCUAAUUAUUACACCGUCGCAUAUGUCAUCGAACUCUUUUUCAGUUUUGCCGUCUAUUGGUAAUGAUCAUCAUCCAGUUAUUUGGUGCUCCACAAUUAAAAUAUUUACUGGACAUCAAACGUAUCCAAUCAAACGAACACAUUGGAAGCUAUUCGAAGUAUUUCUUACUUUUACCGGUAGCUAUUGGAACAAACUUGCAGAGGAUAUGACUCAUUCAACCGCUUUCUUCACGCUUUACGAAAGGCUUUUGUCGUUAAGUAUAUCACGUUUCACCAAUGUUACAUUCAGGAAGACAUUUAAACCAACAUUACCACAACAUAUAGUUAACUUAACUAAUGAAAAACGUCUGUACUUGAAAUUGUUUCGACGAACUUAUCAUCCUUACUAUGCAAUGAUGUUAAGAGACAGAACGAAACUUGUACAAAAAACACUUUUUCAAUAUAAAAGAAAAUUAUGGCUUGAUUACUGUGGAUCAUUCAAUGAUUGUGAUACAAAAUCUUUUUGGCAGAAAGCAAAACGACAUUUCCACUCAAAAUCUGCAGCAGUUGAAGGUUUUGUUAUUAACAACAGCACGGUUUCUACACCAGAAGAAAUGUGUGCUAUUGCAAAGGAUUAUUAUGAAGGACAAUUUGCUGAUCAUCGGCACACACAAACAUAUAUUGAUAUUGAAGCAAGGAUAAAUGAGAAAGAACUCAAUGAAAUCUUGUUUAAUAUUCCUUCUAAUCCAAUGAAUAUCAAUUACCAGCAAUUAUGUAGAGUUGUUGCAUCAAUGAAAAAGAAAAAUUCGUCUGGUAUCAGAGAUGCCGAAAAAAUCGCUUUUCCCAACCCGAGGGUUGACCCUACCGCAGCAGAUAGAGCCAAUGGGUGGGUUUCAACCUAA